GUGAUCAAUGUUUUGCGGACAACACCUCUUGGGAUGAUGAUUUUUUUGGUUUUUUGUUUCGUGUUUUUCUUUCCUUGAUGUUGCCUGCGUUGUGAUCUUAACAUACAUGGGUUUAUUUUUGCAGCCCAUUAAGGAAGGUGCUCUUGGAAACAUUCCAACCAUUGCUUUCUGUGACACUGACUCACCCAUGAGGUAUGUGGACAUUGGGAUUCCUGCCAAACACAACAUUGGGUGUCUCUUUUGGCUUCUUGCCAGGAUGGUGUUGCAAAUGAGGGGUACCAUUCGUCCUAGCCUCAAAUGGGAUGUUAUGGUGGACUUGUUCUUCUGUAGAGAACCAGAGGAGGCUAAGCAACAAGAGGAGGAGGAAGCUCCUGCUGGUGAUUAUGCCAUCACUGACUAUAAUCCUGGUGCUAUUGCUGCUGAUGGCCAAUGGCCUGGUACAAUUGAUCAAUCGUGGACAGAUGUAGUUCCACAACCUAUUCCAGCUGUACUUGGCGUCAACUGGGGAGCCCCUACAUCAUUAAUUUGUUUUGAUAAACACGAAACUCUCACAACCAUUGCUUUAUUUGUUUAA